AUGGGACUAACUAGACUCGGGCCUUCCGGGCAGAACCUUCCUGCGCGGGCGAGGGGGGGACCGGGGCGCGUGGGAGACGGCUUCCGGGUCCGAGGCUGCCACAGCCACCAUGGAGACCAUCCUGGAGCAGCAGCGCUGCUACCACGAAGCGAAGAGGCUCAGAACCUUGUGGAGUUCGCUGAUGAAGAAGGAUAUGGCCGCUAUCUGGACCUGCACGAUUGCUACCUGAAGUACAUCAAUCUCAAGUCAUCUGAGAAACUGGACUACAUCACUUACCUGUCUACUUUUGACCAGCUCUUUGACAUUCCAAAGGAUAGAAAGAAUGCUGAGUACAGAAGGUAUUUGGAGAUGCUGUUGGAAUAUCUGCAGGAUUAUACAGACCGAGUAAAGCCUCUGCUUGACCAGAAUGAGCUGUUUGGCAAAAUUCAGGGAGAUUUUGAGAAAAAGUGGGAGAUUGGCACUUUCCCUGGUUGGCCGAAAGAGACUAGCAGUGCCCUCACACAUGCUGGGGCCCACCUGGACCUCUCUGCCUUCUCCUCUUGGGAGGAGUUGGCUUCCCUUGGUCUAGAUCGGCUGAAAUCUGCCCUGCUGGCCUUAGGUCUGAAAUGUGGAGGAACGUUGGAGGAACAUGCUCAGAGGCUUUUCAGCACAAAGGGCAAGUCCCUGGAAGCCCUUGAUCCUGCUCUCUUUGCCAAAAACCCAAAGACAAAAAGGAGCAAGCGGGACACAGAGCGGAAUAAGGAUGUGGCCUUCCUAGAAGCCCAGAUCUAUGAGUACGUGGAGAUCCUUGGGGAGCAACGGCAGCUGAUGCAUGAAAAUGUGCAGCGCAAGCAGGCGCGGACUGGGGAAGAGCGUGAGGAGGAAGAGGAAGAGCAGAUCAGUGAGAGCGAAAGUGAGGAUGACGAUAAUGAGAUCAUCUAUAACCCCAAGAACUUGCCACUGGGCUGGGAUGGUAAGCCAAUUCCCUACUGGCUCUACAAGCUCCACAGGUUGAACAUCAACUACAACUGUAAGAUCUGUGGGAAUUAUACAUACCGUGGACCCAAAGCUUUCCAGCGACAUUUUGCGGAAUGGCGCCACGCUCAUGGGAUGCGAUGCUUGGGCAUUCCCAACACAGCUCACUUCGCAAAUGUUACACAGAUCGAAGAUGCCGUGUCGUUGUGGGCCAAGCUGAAGCAACAGAAGGCUUCGGAGAGGUGGCAGCCAGAUACGGAAGAGGAAUAUGAAGACUCCAGUGGGAAUGUGGUCAACAAGAAAACCUAUGAAGACCUGAAACGCCAAGACCUGCUGUAAACAGAGAUUCCCCCGCCCCCAAAACCACUCAUAUCCCCUUGUA